AUGAAAAAAAAAGGUUGCCACUCAGAUAGGAAGCAUUGUCAGAAGCACGUGCAGGCUGAAUUGUGCCUCUUUAUCCUCCACAGCGUCUUGCGUAAAUGCCCAAACAAAAUGGUUCACUCCAUUUUACAGAAUUCGCACGGCAACAUCCGAAAAAAAUUUGAAAUAUCCCUGAAACAUGAAACCUCCACCCCAGCGCCACAGAAGCGAAGGCGAGAGGUACUUUUAAAACGCAAAACAAACUCGAAAAGGGGAAACAGAGCAUAA